UCGACACCACGCUAUGGCAGCUAUUGCAGAUGUUGUUUACCAGCGUAAUUCUCAUCCUGUCUCGGUAUUGUGUUCUGUACAGCUGCAAUGAAGCCAGUUUUGUAAACGGACGUUGAUUUUUGAUAGCGUGAAUAUGUGACGUGACGUUGUGAAGCAAUUUUCUUUCCCUAACAUAUCCAGUGUGAUAGGAGUACGCGUACUCUAAACAGGGGGAAAAUGAAUCUGCCACACUUUCGUCGAAAGAGAGUCCUUGCAUACCUGGUUGUUGCAGGCAUUCUUCUGCUCUCUCUGAACUACAUCCUCAAGUCGGAAGAAGCCAAUGGUUGUGGCCGGACACCUGACACGGGGCCAUGCCUACUGUCACUUUUUCCCAAGGUGUUAGACUCACUCACGGCCCAAGGGGUGUCGAGCUACCUGUGCUAUUAUGCCCUGUGGGGUGCACUGAAGGACCAGCAGCCAUUGCCUUGGACCAACAAAGUUGAGCUUUGUCUCCGCAAUGAAGAGCUCUCUGACCUGGAUGAAGGCCAACUGCUGAAGUCGUUUCGUCGAUUCGGCGUAAACGCCUAUUACGACUCGGCAAAUGGGCUGUACAGAGCGACACUCAGAGAGGGAAGCAACGCCUGUGAGGUGUACCUCUACGUCUUUGAAGAAGACAAGAUUGUUCAUCGGGUGCGUAGGGUGGGCUGGAAAAACAGACUGCUGCCUCCUGAUUCAUGCGACACAUUACAUUGCUUUCCAGUGUCUCUGCUGACACCUCCACUUAAGGAGACAGCAUUCUUGGGAACCACGGUGAAUGUCCCACACGAUGGUAUCGAAGUGCUCAAGUACAUGUUCCCCGACUCUUGGUGGAAAGGCGAGGUGCCUCCAAAAUGUGACUAGCUGUCGCUGUGAAAUAUGAUAGAGCGCUUGCUUUCGUGAUUUUUGUUGCAUAUCACUUCAUGCAUAUUAUACUUAAAAGGGUUGAUAUGGUCUUUGAUGUAUACCCAAGGUGGUUUUGAAGUAUUCCUGCGGAAUGUAAAAACAUAGUCAUCUUAAUCAUGGGCCUACUAGAGCUCGCUGUCUAUUGCAGCUUGCCUUUCGGUGAACUACUGGGCAGGAAUAUUUUGAAUACAUCAAGUGUUAUUAUUUUUUUUUAAGUUACGUCCAAAUCAAGUUAUUUUCGUCGGAAACAUGCAGAGAUUUUAAACUAUGCCCUGUGUAGUCACACCUCCUCAUCAUUGCCUUUCUAUGCUCCCCUUAAGGAGACCCAAUGGCUAGUAUAAACUGUUACGUACACAUCAGUUUACCAUCACAAUUGACUAGCAGCAUCUUUUUCUGCAUGCAUAAUAUAGUGUAGAAUCCGCGGGAAGAAUGUUGUCUUCUUAAUUCUCAAAUGAGUGUGACUGUGUGAUAAUAGGUGGAUGUGUGGGAAAGGGUCGAUCACAUUGAUCAUUUAAGCUCCUUUGCUGUGAGGAGCAUUCUUGAACAGCUCUUCUUGCUUUCACUUCGUUGUUACUACUUAGGAGCAUGAUGAAAGUUUCUCGUCACACGUUCACUACAACCUCAUCUAGUCACUUCAUCCUCACACAUCCCAGAAUGUUGUCUCGAUAGAUUUUAAAUCACAGCCGUCAUUGUUGUAGAUAGAAUUUUUUGUGGCAACUGUUUCAUGUCUCAUAGAAGCCGCUGUUAGGCCUUUGGUAGAGCUUUUGACAUAUGUAGCACAAGCUUCUGGUUAUGGCCCCCAUUUUUAAGCAACUGAUUCAUAAGAAAGGACAAUGUUUUAUGUGUUGCAAUCUAUGCUGUAGUCACUUCAGACCUGAUACCAUAGGAAUGGCUAGUUGGGUUAUUUAUUACGAUGAAACAUUACUAAAUAUUACUCCUGUGCUGCUGAAGUUUAUCUCCAUUACAUUCUUAACUUUUUGUAUGCUCCUACCAGUCAUCUAUUAUUGCCUGUAAAUGCAGUCUCCUUGGUUGCCCAAAUUCCUGUUUUCAUUAUUUUCAGCAUUGCUGUUGUGAUGCUGUUUCAGCAAUCAGGACACUGUACUUAAAGUCUGUAUAACUGGUUUGAGGAAAUAAGUAUUUCACUGCAGUUGUUUCUUUAGAAGAAUUUAUCAGUUGCUACCUAUUCAUGUUAUCCAAACUGAAGCCUCUGGAGAAGUCAUGGAAUGGUAUCUAGAUAGUGCAGCAAAACAUGGACACAAGCGUUUGAGAGCUCUUGUUGUGACUUUUGAAGUGCCUGUCGACAAUAAGCUUCGGAUUCCUGACCUUCAGUUCAUCUCUGCUCAUAGUAGGGCUUGCUGGGCUUACGGCCCACGAGCUAACAAAUCACUUCUCCAAUUCCAUUCAGCCCAUUCAAAGUUGGUAAGACGGGCAUAAGUAACGUAUGUUUCAAAAACACCCUUAGAAAAUAAUACCCACACCUAAUGAAAACCUGUCCUGUGCUCCUUACUCGCUCGUCCUUCGUCACACUGUUUCCAUUUAAUUCCAAUAAUGAAAACCAAUUUCCAACAGUAGUCUGGGCGUCUUAAGGAGGCUUGUUAUCUGAACCACGUGUUGGUGGUGGUGGUGGAAAGGCUGCUCAAACAGAAACGUUCGAGAAUGCCCCCGUGAGAAUGCGAGAGCUAGCAGCUGUGUCAACAUGAGAACCACCGUGAUUGCAUACAUAUACCAGAUAUCGCAUAGCCUGAAAAGAUAGGAAGUCAAGGUAAUGUGUGGGUUGUUUUUUCAGCUCCAGGUAGCCUAAGUACCUUGUGUAAGGCUACUAACCCAAUGAGGACAGAAAAGAACGGUGUGUGAUAAGAAUCACAAAUGUUGGUUCAUCAGAUGCAUCGUAGGGGUGGUCUAUCGUAUUCCGCUGUCAGGUGGCAUGUGCUACAUAGGCCAAACUGGAAGAUGCAUCAAUGAGUGCUUAAGAGACCAUAGAAAUAAGGAACAAAGUGUAUCAGGUGAUGGUUUUCUUGCUUUUCAUUGCAGAAUGUGUACAUGUGGCACUCUUCUAAAUAACACCACUAUUAUAGAGAGGGAUAGGCAGUAGUGUGCAAGAUUAAUAACAGAAACUGAGCAAAUCCUCUCAGCCACUGGCCGUUCUAUCAGGAAACUGUCACUAUUAUUGUCUGCAAGAGAGAUUAUUUGCACAUGCCAUGAAAGCUGAUCGCAUUUGCAAUGUGUCAUUUAGGUUUUCUUGGUGUUUUCUGGAUGUACAGGUUUUAGAUUGUUUUCAUGCUGUCGUCCAUGUAUCUUAAGGGUAAUAUCGCUGUGCAUGUGGUUUUUGGGGUCUAUAAGUACGUCCGAUCCCACAAAUAAAUUUUGUUGUUGAUAGUUGG